CGAGAAAGGGGGGAGCGGGAAGUUUGCAACGCAGGGCGAAAGGAACCAGAAUGGAGGAAAAGGUAACGAAGGUCACUUCAUGGUUGAAGAAAGUUUUUGGGGAGCGGCCGAUUCCUCUUUUAGAAAUGAACGCAGAGACGGUGGAUAUUUUGUAUAGGCUGGCCGAAUGCAAUGAGUCCAGAGAUCGGGACAUCAACUUGUUAAUUGAAGAUAUGAAGCAGAAAGCAGCGGAGUACGAGUCAGAUGGCCUCUUCCUGCAGGAACUUUUAAUGGAGGAUCUGAAUUUUUCCCUUAGCAGCCUAUCGAAAGAAAGUAUGAGCUACCUAAACAACCUAGUGGAUAUUGCCUUGGUUCUGGAAACAAAGGACACAUCUCUUACAAGUAUUAUUCCUGCCAUCAACGACUUGACUUCUGAUCUGUUCAGAGCACAAUCCAAAAACAAAGAACUGGAACUCGAACUCAGCACCCUGCAAAGAAAGCUCACCUCAGCGCUUGUGCUGGAGAAACGCCUUCAGGAUGAUGUGGUGAAAACCGAAAAACUUCUGAUAGAGGAAAGAAAAACAGCUGAUCGCCGGUUGCACACCAUGGAGUUCCUAAUGAAAAAAUCGGAAGACAUCAAAGGCGAAAUUAAAUCCGCCAAGGACCAGCUGUCUGCGAGUGGGCUGGAUGCUUCCCUGACACAUCGAUCACUGGUGGCCCUCUCAGAGAAACUGGCAGACUUGAAGAACCAGUCCAUUCCUUUACAGAAGAAAAUCGAGUCUUAUCUGGAUCUCACACCGAAUCCUUCUCUUGCUCGAGUGAAGAUUGAAGAAGCCAAGAGGGAGCUGGAAGCUCUGGAGGCCGAGUUUUCAAAAAAGCUGGAUAUGACGGCACUCUCCAUGACUUUGCCUACCAAACGACCAUUUGUGUAAUCAUUUUGGCGCAUGGAGAAAGGGAACAAUUGUGGGUGUUGUGACUGCUGGUUUCUCUCUUCCCUUAACGGAACAUACCAUACUAUAUAUAAAUUUAUUUUUCUUUCUGGGACUAGUAUGUAGUAUUCAGUCUUGCUGAAUAAAAAUGUUAACAUAUGCAUUUGCACAAGCAGUUGGGUUAGGCCAUUACCCAAUUGUGUGUUGUAAAAUAUUAUUGUAUAUAACUCACAGAAUAAAUAACUAUCUCAUUACUGACAAUAAA